AUGUCUUUUGGCUCUCCAAAGAACGGCGAAUUCAUUGAAUGCACAGAUCCUGCUAUUCGUGAAUAUCUAAUAUUCCUUAAUAGCAAGGAACCUGCAGAACACAAGUUUAUUAUCACAGAUAUCGAUGACCGCUACUUAUUCAUCAAAGCUGGAGUUUCAGAUAAGCUUAAAGAGAAAAUUAACUUGCUUGUUACAAGUAACACCUUCUCUGAAGAAGAUCGUGAUUCAAAGAAGAAAAAGCAAAGAGUUAUUUAA